AUGACGUGAAACGGAUAAUUUCGACUCUUAUUAUCGAUGAAUUCGUUCGUUACUUCGAUUCUUUUUGUAUUUUUCAUUUAACUGAGCGCAAAAUUUGCAAUCUGAAAAAAAUUGUGUUUGGUGAAUAUCCAGCCAUCAUGAAUCGAAGUCGGGCAUCAUCAAGAAUAGCCAGAAGACAGACAAAAAAUAGUGAAAAGACUGGUGAUAUUGUCAAUGGUACUGGCCAAAAUAUUUCACAAAAUGGCCAAAGUCUUUCACAAAUAUUCGAUGAUAUUGAUCUUUUAUUUGGUAAUCAUAAAUCGAAAUUCUAUCCAAUCUAUACACCACCAAAUAAAAAAGUGAAUACACAUAAUUUGGCCGAAAUUCCAUCAUUGCAAUCAGAUGAAGACAGUAUACUUGGUGUGGAUAAUAAUUCACAGAAUGGUGAAAACAAUAAUGAACGUAAUAUAACUCCUAGAAAACAAUAUGGAAAACGUAAAAAUGCAAAUAGUUUGAUUGAAUCACGAAAUAAAUUUCGUCAAUUAUUGAAUCAAAUGCAGACAAAAACUCGACCACAGAAUGGUCAUACAAAUAAAAAUGAUUCUGCAUUUGAUGGUUAUGAAUUAAAAAGUCGUCGUGUUAAAUAUGAACCGAAAAAAUCACGUAAAGAAACCAGUGAACAAUUAUCGCCAAUCAAAGGUUCAGCAAAUGAAUUUAUUGUAAAAGUAUUUGAAAAAUCCGUCGAUUUAACAUCAUAUUGUAAAACGAAUCCAAAUCACUAUAUACCAUUGUAUCCUAUUUGUCGACUUUGGGCACGUGAUAAUAUGGGCAUACCAGAAAUGUUACGUUGUAAACGUAAUCCACAGCCACCACCAAUGAAUGAACCACCAGAUCCGGAUGGUCCAUAUUCCGCCAAUCCAGUUGAUGUAUGUCAUCUUCCUAAACCUGAGCCAUUACCACGAGAUGAAGAUGGUAACAUAAUCAAUUUACGUAUACCAGAAAAAGUACGCAAUAAAACUAUUCAAACUCGUUACGAUGAUACAUCGUUUAUAAAUUCAAUGGAAAAUCUAAGUCCAGAUGAAAUGCUUAAAUUGAAUAUGCCCGGUUGGAAACAAACAAGACGAGAUAAUUUGGAAGCAUUACGAGAGAAUGAAAAACGUUAUCGGCAUAGUUUUGCAAUUUUAAAAUCAAUUUUUGAUAAGGCUAAUAAUAGUGAACUAGGACGAGAUUUGACCUAUUACAAAUAUCCACCAUAUGAAUCAGAAGAUCAUGCUGAACAAACACAACAGCAACAACAACAACAGACAACAUCUGUACAACAACAACAACAACCACCACCACAAUCAACAUCAUCAGUAAGCCAAUCAUCCACUUCAUCACCAUCAACAACGACAACGGAAGCAGCAGGUGAUGAAGAAUCACAAAAAUCCCAUACAGAAUUAUGAAAUGGCCAUGAUGAUGAUGAACAACAUAACCAAAUUCAAUGAAUGCUCUUUAUUUGACAAAUUGUUCCCAUCUUAUUCAAUUCAAAAUACACAAAUAAUAACAAAAAUGUCGUCUAUUAUUUAAGAAUCAAU